AUGUCGCGGCGUACCUCGGUUGGUCUGGUGGGCUCGGUGCCGGGGUCCAGGCCCGCUAGUCGCCCCACGUCGCGUGGGCGUGAAGACCACUUUGCGUCAUUCUCGACGCUUCUCGCUGCGACCGAGGCGCACUCGACGCGGCACUCGUCGGUCGCGGGUUCCCACCCGCCUUCGUACUACUCCACGCCCGAACGCGACCUGGGUAUGAGGUGGCAUGUCAAGCGCAUCAUGAACUACGUGCAGUUGGAAAAGCUCGGCGAGGGGACGUAUGCCACCGUCUACAAGGGCCGGUCACGGACGACAUCGGAGAUUGUCGCGCUCAAGGAGAUCCACCUCGAUGCUGAGGAGGGGACGCCUAGCACGGCGAUCCGCGAGAUCAGUCUGAUGAAGGAGCUCAAGCACGUCAACAUUGUGCGACUGCACGAUGUGAUCCACACCGAGUCCAAGCUGGUGCUCAUCUUCGAGUUCUGCGAGCAGGACCUGAAACGGUACAUGGACACACAUGGCGACCGCGGUGCGCUCCCCCUCAACACGGUCAAGAACUUUACAUACCAGCUUCUCCAGGGCAUCUCGUUCUGCCACGCGAAUCGCGUGUUGCACCGCGACCUAAAGCCCCAGAACCUGCUGAUCAACCGUCGUGGGGAGCUCAAGAUUGGUGACUUUGGUCUGGCCCGCGCAUUCGGUGUGCCUGUCAACACGUUCUCGAACGAGGUCGUCACCCUCUGGUACCGCGCGCCGGACGUGCUCCUCGGCUCCCGCACUUACUCGACCUCGAUCGACAUCUGGUCCGUCGGCUGCAUCUUCGCCGAGAUGAUCACGGGCUACCCCCUCUUCCGCGGGCGCGACAACAACGACCAGCUCGUCCAGAUCAUGAAGAUUGUCGGCACGCCCAGCGACGCCACCCUCCAGCAGAUCAAGAUGAACAGUCCCGAGAUCACGCUCAAGCAGCCCCUCAGCAAGCACCCCAAGCAGCCGCUGCACGCGAUCGUGCCCAAGGCUCCGCGCGAUGCUAUCGCCCUCCUCGAACAUCUGCUCCAAUUCGAGCCAAACCGCCGAUACACGGCCGUGGACGCGCUCGCCCACCCAUACUUCACCUCGGCGCCUAUCACGCCCGCCACCCUCUCCCCGUCUGUUAGCAGCAGUACUGCCAGCCUCGCGCUGCCGCCUCGUGUCGCCGCACGUGCGAGCCAGGCUAGCGCUGCCGUCCAGGCCCAGCAGCAGGCUCAACAGCAGGCGGCCCAGGCUCAGGCUCAGGCUCAGGCUCAGGCUCAGGCUCAAGCUCAAGCGGCUGCACAGGCCCAGGCCGCCCAGGCCGCGCAGCAGCAGGCUGCUCUACAGCAGCAGCAGCAGCAAUACAACCUCAUGCUGGCGCAGCAAGCCGCCGCUCAGCAGCAGCAGGCCUACUAUGACCCUGCGAGGCAGGCCGCUGCCCAGGCUCAGGCCGCAUCCCAGGCUCAGGCUGCGGCUCAGGCCCAGGCCGUCGCGCAGAUGCAGAUCCAGCAGCAGCAGCAGCAGCAGCAGCAGCAGCAGUACUACCAGCAGCACCAGUAUCAAUAG